AUGGAAAGAAGGCCUUUAUUAGAAAUCGAGGACGAAGAUCCUUGCAGCAGAAAAGAAAAGAUUAAGUUUUUCAUUUUUGUAGUGCUUUUAUUGGCUUGUUCGAGCUUUAUUUAUGAUUUGCCGUCUGCGUUACAAGUUGAGAUUAUGGAAGAAUGCAAAAUGAGUGCUUUGACUUAUAUUUAUUUUUACGUUUAUACUUAUUAUGGGAUUGCGUUUUCAAAUAUGUUUGGAGGGAUUAUUACUGAUGUAUUUGGAUUGAGGAAAAGCAUUAUUAUGUUUACAACUGGGAUUAUUUUUGGACAAUAUAUAGUCGCUAUCGGACUCCAUAAUCAAAUUAUUUGAGUUUGCAUUAUUGGUAGACUUAUUAUUGGUAUGUUUUAUCAAGUGCAAUAUCAGGCAGUUCUAACCCUUGUUUUACUAUGAUUUAAAGAAAGAAGAAAGUGACUUGUAUUUUUUAUGAAUUUUGGGAUGGGAAAUUCAUUAAGUUAUAUCAUCUUGCCCAUAAUUUCUAACUCAGUCGGUUUAGUCCCUUCUUUAAGCAUUGCUCUUAUCAUUUGCUCUGCUGGAUUAAUUUUUGGCUGCAAGUUAUUCAAAUAUGACAUGAAAAGAGAUGACAUGCUAUGCGACUAUUCAAUUAAAUCAAUGUCUCCUGUCUAUAGAGUUAGAAAAGAGCUAUUUAGAAUGAAUAAUCGAGAGUACUCGACUUUUAAGGUUGCUUUCUAUUUGAUCUAUGCAACGGUAUUUAUGUUUAUAAAUAUUUCUAAUGGAUAUUUUCAAUAUACUUUUGAAAUAUCAAAUAUAGAAUCCGGAUAUACUAUUCAAAAUAAAUAGAAAUAUAUGCGUUUGGAUUAGUGAAUUUUUUAAUAAAAAAAAGAAUAACUAUUCGCAACAGGAGUUUUUUUUAUUGAUUAAAAAUAGAAUCUAUAAUUUGCACAUUCCAUAUUAUUAUCGCAAUUUUAGUCCCCUUUUUUGAUAAAUGAAAUUCUUCUGGCUCAAAUAGAAAAUUAGUGCUUUUAUUUUCAAUUAUUAUAAUUAGUUUGUCUAUUCUUAUUUUUGCUUUGGCAUCUUGGUUGAAAAUGCUUUAUUUAGCUGUAAUUGAUAUUUUCAUUUUAGGAGUUGGGUACUCUUUAUAUGUGUCUUUUAUGUGAAAUGCUGCUUUACAUGUUAGAGUGAUCAGGAAAAUAAACGGAUACCUCCUUAUCAAUCAAAACGUUUUGACUGGGCUAUCUUUUCUGAUUAUAAUAUGAGUCGAAAAUACAGAUAAACAGAAAGAAUUUUAUGAUGUGGUUAUUAGCAUUUUCUUUUGUUUAUCUCUACCUUUGUUAAUUUUAACAGCUCUUUCGUUCAAAUUUAUAAAAAAUUAUCAAGGAUUGUUAGAUAUAGAUGAACCGUCGAAUACAGAGUAUAGCAAUUUGUUGCUGAAUGAUAGGUUUGUUAAAGGCCCAGAAAUGAUAUCACGAUUUUAUUUCGACAAUAUAAUUAAAGAAUCCUGCUGCACCCCUGAAUUAAAAUGAAAAAUCAAUGAUGAAAUUCUCACUCCCCCCCCCCCCUCCGUGAGCGAACAAAACCAUUAGAAAAAUCGCCAUUUUUUGACCAAAAACCCACCCUCCGUGAGUGAACAAAAAUUUUUUUAAUAGAAAAAUUUUAAUGGAAAAAAAUUUGGAUAUAUAAGUGAUAAUUAGUAUAAUGAAAUCUAGAGCUAAUUCUGUUUAAUUUUAAACAAAUUGCGUUUUAAAACAUAAAUUUUGCAAAUUAAAAUUAAUAUUUGCUUCCCAAUUUUGCAAAUUAGGAUUUUUUAAAAUUUCGAAAAAAAUAUUUUUUAUAAAAUUUAUAUAUAAAUUUUUUUUAAAAAAAAAAAAUAACCCCCCUCCGUGAGCGAACAAAAUUUUUUUGUUCGCUCACGGAGGGGGGGGGGGAGUCAGCAAUUUUAAAAUAGAAAAUAAUGCGAAAUCUGCCAUGCUUAAAACCAAUAUAAAUGUAAUCACACUUAUUUCUGAACAAGCUUUACCCUUAAACUCUACAAGCUAUAUAGAGAUUUUUCACACAAAUUUAGCUAGCUUAAAUUAUGAAGUUGAGAUAGGCAUUAUAGAAGAAAAGCCCUUAGGCUCUAUGAGAUUUCUUUUUUCUGAUGAAGAAAAUAGUUGAGGAAUUUUUAUCAACCAUAAAAUGAAUGCACGAUCUUUUAACUUCCCUCAAUUGCAAUAUUCUGGUAAAGGAGGAAUUGUGGGGUUACUCGUUGACACAGCAAAAGGAAAAAUUAAAUUUCUUAUAAAUGGGAAAUACUUUGGGGUUGCUAUAAACGAUAUAGAAAUCAGUCGAAAAGCACUCCAUGUCGCUGUUUCUAUGUGCCAUUCACAAACAAAAUGCGAAUUUUUUGUUACCAGAUUAGGAUAUUUAAUUAGAAGAAGAGGAAUUUUAUACGUCAGGCUUAAAUCAAGAAAUUCUUGGAUUAAUAAGAUUCCUGAUGGAAUGUUUAGAGAAAUUGUUAGCUACUUAUAA